GAGAGUCAACAGGCUGUACGGAGCGCAGACGGAACAUCACUACGACUGGAUAACAAAAACAAAGCAGCGGGUCAACACACUGUGGACACACAGACAACUUUUUUUCACAGGAAAAUCCUUUUUAGAAACAUAGUUUUUUAAUAUAGUUGACAUAGAUGUUGACCGGCUUGGGAUGUGACAUUCAGUGUAAACUUUGCGCCCAGGUGGAGCACUAUUUUCCCGGACAGAUUUAUCUUGUAUUCGCUCAUAUUUCAAAGGCAAAGUUGCGACUAUUGAGUGGCGACAGGUUCGUCACAUUUACAUGACAUUGUAACACUUGGCUCCGUCACCACUCGACCAUGGCGGAAGCGGCCCAGCAGCCACACCUGGUGGAAAUCGACCCGGAUUUUGAGCCCCUGUCGCGGCCCCGGUCGUGCACUUGGCCUUUGCCCCGGCCGGAGUUCAUCAACCCGGGCGACUCCAACACGUCCUCGCCGGUGCCGUCUGUGAAGCAGGAACCCACCGGCAACGACUUCAUCAACAAUCUCAGCCUGCUGGAGGAGACCGAGGACUUCACGGAGCAGAAGCCUGUCAUCCUGUGCACCGAUUUCCAGUGUCAGGAGAACUGCGUCCACCAGCAACCUCCACAGCAGCUACACCAGCAGCAGCAGCAGCAGCAGCAGCACCCGAACCCUCAACUCCCGCAUCAACAGCAGCAGCAGCAGCAGCAGCAGCAGGUGCCUCUGCUCUCCUCCCCGGUCGGCUCAUCGUCUUCGGCGGCCGCGGCCGCAGCUGCUGCCGCGGCCCAGAGGAAGAGCAGCUCCUCCCGGCGAAACGCAUGGGGGAAUAUGUCAUAUGCAGACCUCAUAACCAAAGCUAUCGAAAGUUCUCCUGAGAACCGACUAACUUUGUCUCAGAUUUACGACUGGAUGGUGAAGAGUGUGCCUUAUUUCAAGGACAAAGGAGACAGCAACAGCUCUGCAGGCUGGAAGAACUCCAUUAGACACAAUCUGUCGCUGCACAGCCGCUUUAUUCGCGUGCAGAAUGAGGGGACAGGAAAGAGCUCGUGGUGGAUGCUAAACCCGGAGGGCGGGAAGAGCGGCAAGUCCCCGCGACGCAGGGCAGCCUCCAUGGACAACAACAGCAAGUUCACCAAGAGCAGAGGAAGAGCAGCGAAGAAAAAGCUGUCCUUGCAGGGCGGCCCUGAUGUAGGCGCAGACAGCCCAGGCUCCUACUCCAAGUGGCCUGGCAGCCCCAACUCCCACAGCAACGACGACUUCGAUGCAUGGAACAGCUUCAGGCCUCGGACCAGCUCCAACGCCAGCACUGUGAGCGGCCGCCUCUCACCCUUCAUGCCUGAGGACGACCUCGGGGAGGCAGACCUGCAUAUGGGCUAUCCAGGAGCCCCUGGGGCCAAGAUGACAGCCACACUGCCCAGUCUCACAGAGAUGACGGGCUCUCUGGGACACAGUUCUGAGAAUGUCAUGGAGAACCUUCUGGACAACCUGAACUUGCUCUCGCCCAACAAUUCUCAGGUUGGAGGCGGUGCGACAACCCCUGGAUCCUCCCAGUCCUCCCCCUCUCCGAUGAUGCAGCCGAGCUCUGGGUAUCCCGCUUACAGCUCCCCCAGCAUGGUCGCACAGCCUCAGCAGGAGUACCACAAGUGUGUGUAUGGCCAAGCGGGAAUGAACACCAUGUCGUCCAUGUCACUGCAAACACUGCCAGAGAGCAAGCCCAGCUUCGGGGCCAGUAUGGGCCAGUACAGCUGCCCCGCGGGGCUUCUGAAGGAGCUGCUGACGUCAGAUACAGACCAGCACGGAGAGCUCAUGCCGUCAGUGGACACUGUGGUGUCUCAGUCCAGCGGAGGCUGCAUGCUGCCGCCGUACAGCAGCAGCCAGCAUGCAGCCAAACUCAUGGGAGGAGGGAAUGGUCAUCCGCAUGGUCUCUCUCACACUAUCUCCCACAAUGUGCACAGCCAAGCCCCGGUCACGUCAUCAGCUAUGAAUGGCCACCUGCUCAUGUCGCUAAGCCACAGCGGGGGCACCGGGCGUUUGCCUACAGUCAAAAGCCCUAUGCAGAUGCCUUAUGGCCUCUCCAGCCACCUCAGCGCGGGAGGCAUGCCCGGGGGCUUCUGCCCUCUCAACACCAAUGGAUACGGCCGGCCAGGCCUGCCUCAGCCCUUGCACCAAGAGAAGCUGCCCAGCGACCUGGACGACAUGUCCAUCGAGAAGUUUGAGUUUGACAUGGAGACGGUGCUCCAUGAUACUCUCAUGGACGGGGACUCCCUGGACUUCAACUUUGAGCCAAUGGUGACCCAGCAAGGUUUCCCCCACGGAGUGAAGACCACCACACACAGUUGGGUGUCAGGGUAGAAAUUGAAGUGCUGUUGCUGUUUUGGUAAAAGGCACAACCAGAACUCAUUUGAGACAAAAAAGUGUAUUUUAGGAUGUUUAAUCCUAAACCCAACUCCAGCUGCAGUUUCUGUACCAUCAACAUUUCUGUUUUCAAAAAUACUUUUCGGAUCACUUCAGCCGACUGUGACUGGUCGUGAUCAGCUGAGGACGCAUCUCCAUUAGAGCCCCUGAACUGGUGAAUCUGAAUAAUUUCUUGAAAUAUCAAAUAUUCUGUACAAACUAAGUGCCAAACAUUUUUGCCUUAACAUAAGAGCCAAACUGAAACACACCUCUCUGGUUUACUCAAGGUUACAGAUACUAUACAGUGGUUGUGUCUGAGAUUUUGUUUUGCAAGUGACACUGCCAACUACAUCUCAUCAUCAGCAGCAGCACAAUCUGUAGAAGUGCACAAACUCAUACCAUGAUGUUUACUGUGUUUCCACAAUCAAACGUUUUGUAUGUACAGCGUAGUGAUAAUUGAUUACCACUACGGAAGAAUUAUGAAGGUAAUCUGGCUCAUGGGUUUGUGGACUGACGUGAUAUAAAGUGAGAGACUUCUCAAGGGAUCCUCGGAUGAUUUUACAUAAUAACUCGCCUGAAUGUAUAUAAUGACAUCAUACAGUUUGUUAAAUCAGGCCUCUUAGUGUAUUUUCUAAGACUGUAAAUAGUGUUUACAGAGCGCAAGCAAAAGUCAAGGCAGCAGAAAUGAGCUCACGUUGAAAACUGGAUCGGAUUCUUUUACACACAUGUCGAGUGGACGGAUCUGUGCUUGAGGAUUCUCCUCAAUCAGGCUGUAAAAUGGUAACACACUUUCUGAUUUCUUGUACAUACAUUAAGAAUGUAUAUUAAAAUGAUGUAGUAGAUGUUUACUGGAUUUAGUAUAUAUUUGAGACCUAAAUUAUUUGUGGUUCAUAUACAUUUAUGCUGGUGCAUAACCUAGACUCGGAUAUCAGAAUUGUUCUGAGUUGUGCGUCACUCUGAACCUUAAUACCACAGGGGCCUAUUUAUUGUGCCUAACAAAGUAGAUAUCGACUGCAGACUUGAAGGGUUUUAUAUUGUAAAUUUCUACGGUCCAGAAGAUACUCAAAUCCAGCAGUCUUGAAGAGAAGUACAGUGAAUUCUUUAUUUUCAGUUCCCGCUUUUUCUUUUUUUUAGAAGUCAUGAAGAAACAAGUGACUGUACAUUGUUAUUGCUAAGGUUUCCUGAACGCUUCGCAGCUCUGUGAAUGUUAAAAGGUCAAGGCAGGUUGGUGGCUAUAAGAUUCCCAAUGCUACUGUUGUUUUCACACCGGGCUGAGUCCAAGACCUGCCCGAGAUAUUCAUUAAAGACACUGUGAGUGACCAGCCUGUCCACUGUUCAGUUUCACAACCGUUCUACAUUUUCUGUCUCAAAAGGUCAGUGUGACUCAUUUAAAUUAGUAAUGUGUGAUUCCUUUGUGUCCAUUAGAGCCGUCUGAUGCUACCAGUAGGAUCAGCUUUACUGCUUUUAAUGAGACUCCACUUUCGCUCUGCCCCUCCUACCUCUACCCAUCUCUGUCUUUUUAAAACAUUUGAUAACAUAAAGAUAACAUGUGACUUCAUAGCUCCAAUCAUCUUCUUAAUAACAAGUCUAUUUUGAUUAUAUUUUGCUCCUGAAAAGCGCCACUAAGUGUUAAGUAUUUUAUCUAGCAUGUAUAUUUGCAUUUUCUGACUUGCUUUUCCCACUUAUCGCUGUACUAAUACUGAGCUUGUCAGCCUGUCAGUGACUUAUUAUGCAGAGUCACAAAUAGUGUAUAAGAUUGUGGCUACCUUUGUGAACAUGGUGUCUGUAAACAUGACUGCUUCUAAGGAAGCGGACUGGUUCGCUGGUUUAGAGAUAACAAACUAAAACUGCCUACUCUACAUUAAUGUUAAUUGCAUGAUUUAUCCAUAAACCACAUAUAUCAGCGUGUGUCGGAUCAUGUGUUGUCAAGGGCUCUGAGUAUGCAGGUUUUUAUUAAAGUCAUACUAAUGAGCUUGAGUAACGACCAGGGGAAAGCCCUUUAAUUAGUUUGGGUGUUCAAAAUGAAAACGUACAUACUCCGGACCAGUAAUGGCGCAUGAUCUGACACCGCUGACAUAGAUUUUUAUGAAAGCCAGCGAGCGGGGCAGGGUUAAGUAGAGUAAAAUGAAAUUCCUAACUUUUCAAAAGGUUGUUAAAGAAGCUGCUGUUUGGCGUUGGUGCCAGGUGUUGCCUUUUCUUACCCAAACAUGCCAUAGUGUACUAUAGCCAAAUUUGCCUUUUGAAGUCAAAGUGAUAUAUUUAGCAUUUCUAUCAUGUGAUAUGUUCAGAAUUAUAUAUAUUUGUGCCGGUCACUCAAGUCAGGAUAAACUGUAAUGAAUCCAUGUAGUCAGUGUCACAGGAUUCACUCUAAAAGUAAAAGAGCUGUACUAAGUAAAUUAUAUCUCUACAUUUUUAAAUGAUUGAAUCUAUGCAUUGUAUUCCUUAAUUGUAUGUUGCUAUUGUUAUAUUUUCCUUUUCUUUGAACUUAUGACAGAGAUAUUUUAUUGUAACAUAGCGCUGUGAGAUAUUAUGGUGUUGUUGUUGUCAAAACUCUAUGUUCCAGAUAGUUAUAUGGGGAAAAAAAUGAAGUUUAUUUAGAAAAUAGAUGAUGCAGUGAUUAAUAUGCUAAGCUUUUGUAAACUGACAUUGUUGUAUUUCUUGUAUUUAGCUAAAGUUUCUAGAAAAUAGCAUCAAAAAGCAAAUUACUGAAACAAAUGUAAAGAUAUAUUGCAUUUUUAAAAUGGAAAACACAAUAUUUAGUCUGUCAUAGAAGUCCUGCUCAGAAUGCAGAUUCUGAACCAAUUUUUGUAAUUUUAUGAGUAGAAAGAUAUCGCACUUUUACUUACAUUUUAUAACAAAGUGCUCCUCAUGACAAGAGGAAGUUCCCAUUACAUAUUUUAAAAUAAAACUCUGUUACAUCGAACUCAUAUACAGGAAUAAAUUGGAAUUGUGUUGUGUGAUCUGCAAUCAAUAAGAAUAUGUAACUUGUUCAAUAUUAAUGUAUUAAGACCUGAAUAAAUGUACUUCUGUGUUAAA